ACGACCCGGAAGUACCCGUCUACCUUAUCUACAGUAGAGAUGGCGACGGCGGCGGCUGUAUCCCGGACCCUGUUGCCAGUGGCCGGGCGGCGUCUGUGGGGAUUUACACGAAGGCUUCCCCUUCGCGGCGCCGCUGCUCAGCCAUUGUAUUUUGGAGGGUACCGACUAAGAAGUACACAGGCUGCUCCACAAGUUGUUCUGAAUGUUCCAGAGACACAAGUAACAUGUUUGGAAAAUGGACUCAGAGUAGCUUCUGAAAACUCUGGGCUCUCAACAUGCACAGUUGGGCUGUGGAUAGAUGCUGGAAGUCGGUAUGAGAAUGAGAAGAACAACGGCACCGCUCACUUUCUGGAGCACAUGGCUUUCAAGGGCACCAAAAAGAGGUCCCAGUUAGACCUUGAACUUGAGAUUGAGAACAUGGGUGCUCAUCUUAAUGCCUAUACCUCCAGAGAACAGACUGUCUACUAUGCCAAAGCGUUCUCAAAAGAUUUGCCAAGAGCUGUAGAAAUUCUUGCUGACAUAAUUCAGAACAGCACAUUGGGAGAAGCAGAGAUUGAACGUGAGCGUGGAGUCAUCCUUAGAGAGAUGCAGGAAGUUGAAACCAACUUGCAGGAAGUUGUUUUUGAUUAUCUUCAUGCCACGGCCUAUCAAAACACUGCACUUGGACGGACCAUUCUGGGACCAACUGAAAAUAUCAAAUCUAUAAAUCGUAAGGACUUAGUGGAUUACAUAACCACACACUAUAAGGGACCGAGAAUCGUGCUGGCUGCUGCUGGAGGUGUUUGCCAUAAUGAACUGUUGGAGUUAGCAAAGUUUCAUUUUGGUGACUCUUUGUGUGCACACAAAGGAGAUAUACCAGCUCUGCCUCCCUGCAAAUUCACUGGAAGUGAGAUUCGGGUGAGGGAUGACAAGAUGCCGUUGGCGCACCUUGCAAUAGCUAUUGAAGCAGUCGGUUGGGCACACCCAGACACGAUCUGUCUCAUGGUUGCAAACACACUGAUAGGCAACUGGGAUCGCUCUUUUGGAGGAGGAAUGAAUUUAUCUAGCAAGCUGGCCCAGCUCACUUGUCAUGGCAAUCUCUGCCACAGCUUCCAGUCCUUCAACACUUCGUACACAGACACAGGAUUGUGGGGACUCUAUAUGGUUUGUGAACAAGCCACAGUUGCUGACAUGCUGCACGUUGUACAAAAAGAAUGGAUGCGUCUGUGUACAGAUGUCACUGAGAGUGAGGUUGCACGUGCAAAAAACCUUCUGAAAACAAACAUGCUGCUGCAGCUGGACGGUUCAACUCCAAUCUGUGAAGACAUCGGGAGGCAGAUGCUAUGCUAUAACAGGAGAAUUCCCAUCCCUGAGCUUGAAGCAAGAAUUGAUGCUGUGGAUGCAGAAAUGGUUCGAGAAGUGUGCACCAAGUACAUUUAUGACAAAAGCCCAGCUAUCGCUGCUCUUGGUCCUAUUGAGCGCUUACCAGAUUUUAACCAGAUUUGUAGUAACAUGCGCUGGAUUCGUGACUAAUUUUUGUGGCCAAAUAUUCUGCACAUAUAUAUUUAUAAAACUAAGAGAUCCAGAAGUUUUCAAAACUGCCAGUGUUCAAAUAAAAAAAUAAAAAUAUAUUUGGAA